AUGCGGGUGCCAAGUGAUGGGGAUGAGGCUCCUGUGGUCAGUGCUGGUCCGCCCUCCUGGGUUGUGAUCCAACGGAAAGGAGGAGGGGAGCUGAAACCUUUGUCGGUUAUGACUGCUGCUGGAAGUGCUGGUGGUGCUGCUGCUGCCAGGGCAGAUGGAAGGCGGGUGGAUGGGCUGGGUGAGGAGCAAUGGGGUGACGGCACGGGUGCUAUGGGUGGUGGGAACGGGGAAGAGGGAAACGAUGGUCCGAUUGGGAGUGGUGCAGUAGGGAACGGCGCGGUUGGGAGCGGUGGCUGCAUGGAGGUGGAUGGGAAGGAGGAAGGGGAAGCAGGAGCUGGUUCGGGUUCGGGCGGUUGGACAAACGCUUCGUCAGGCUUGUGGGUGGAGAGCGGUAGUGCUAGUGCUGCUCUGACUGCCAGUGCUGCUCUUAGUGCUGGGACUGCGCUUACUGCUGGUGCUGGCGGUUCUGGUGGCGGUGGUGGGCGCAUUGCACUGAUGAGCUGCAGACGGCAGCGAUCACUAGGGGGAGGUGAGGGGCGCGAGGAGGUGCAUUGUGGCGGUGGUGGCGAGGUGGGCGAGAAGGAGGUGGGGAAGGAUGGAGAGGAGGAGCAGGAGAUCGAGGAAAACGAGGAGGAGACGAGGGAGGAGGAGAGGGGAAUGAGGGGAAUGGGGGGGGAGGGGGUUGCGGGGGUGCAUGGGGAGGAGAUGGAGAAUGGAGGAGAGGGAGGAGGUGAAGAGGAGCGUGAGCUGAGAGAGGAGGGUGGUGUGCGUGAGGAUGAGGCGCCAGGGGAAACAGAGGGGGAUGAGGGGGAGCAGGCGGGGAUGCUGGGCCUGAAUCCGGGAGUGUCACGGGAAGCUGUUGCUGCUUGGAUGAGGAGUCUGGGGAUGAGUGGGUUAGAGGUGAACGGGUCUAGUGGUGUGGUUGACCCUCGUAGUGAAGGGCAGCAUGAACGCAUGCCGGGGCAGCAGCAGAUGAUACUGGGUGCUGCAGCAGAGGAAGCAGAGAUGCCGCAGCAGGGGUCAGAUCGACAAGGGUUGGAAUGGGAAGGAGGAAGAGGCGAGGAGCAGCAACUGCAAGCCCCGGCAGCGACUGUUGAUGCGGAAGAGGGCGAAGGGGGAGAGGGAGUGGGCGGACCAGCGAGGGAGGGAGGAGGAGACGAAGAUGAGGCGCAGAGGGAGUGGGAGCAGUGGCGGCUGUGGGAAGAGCAGCAAGGGCUACUGGAGGGAGGGGCACGGGAGGGAGGGCACGGGGAGGCGGUUGGAAUGCAACAGCUGCUGCCGCAGGAGCAGGAGGAGGAGCAGGAGCAGGAGCAGGAGCAGGAGGAGGAGCAGGCGGCGCAGCAAGAAUUGCAGCAGGGUUGGGGCUCGGGGCAAGAGGAGGGGCAUGAGGAGGGGCAAGGGGAGGGGCAAGAAGAAUUUCCGAGUGCGGAGCAGCAGGAGCUAGAGUGGAUGAGAAGACAGCAGCAGGUAGAGGGUGUGACUUCCAUGGGAUGGGGAGAAGGUCAGGCGGAGCAGCAAUGGGGUGUGGGGGAGGAACGGCAAGGUUUGGAGCUAGCAGCAGUGGGUAUGGGAAGAGGAGGAGAAGGGGAGCAGGAGGGUGACGAAGCAGGGGCAGCGGAUGUAGCAGCGGAAGUAGCAGCAGAGGUAGAAGGGGACGGCGAGGAGCAUGGGAUGGGGGAUGAAGGGGCGGCUGUUGUCGAAGGUGGAGAAGAGAUAGAGCAGGGAGAGGAGAGAGAAGAGGCAGGGAAUAGAGGAGAGCAGGGAGAGGAGCAGGUAGAGGAGCAGGUAGAGGAGCGGAUAGACGGCUCGCAGCAGCAGAGGGAACAGGAGACACAGGAAGAAACUGAAGGAGAGCAGAUUGCAGCAGGUGAGAACGAGAGGAGGGAUGGGGAAGAGGUAGCGGAAGUGGCGGAGGAAGGGGAGGAAAGGGGGGAGGGGGAGGGGGAGGAGGGGGAGGAGGGGGAGGAUGAGGAGGCGAGGGAGGAGCGGAGGCGCAAGUGGGAGUUUUUCUUUCUGCGGCAGCGGCAGCAGCAGUUGUUUGAGUUCGAACAGUACCAGCUGCAGCAGCUUCUGGCCAUGGAGCUCGCUGAGAAGGAGAAAGAGAAGCGGGAGAGGGAGGAGGGGCAGGAGAGGGAGGCGGAGGGAGUCGGGGAGGAAGAGACGGAGGGAGGUGGGAGAGGAGACAGGGAGGGAGACGGGGAGAGAGGUCAGGAGGGAGAGGGUGAGGGUGAGAGGAAUGGGGAGCAGGAGGGAGGGGAGGGAAGAGAACGGGAGGAGGAGCAGGAGAGGAGAGAAGCUGAGACGAGAGGUGAAAUGGGAGCACAAUCAGAGAGAAAGGAGGGAGAAGUGGAGGAAAUGCGCGAGGAGGGGCAGGAGAGAGGAGGAGGGGAGGAUGUGGAGUGCCCGAGACAUAAGGGAGAGGAGGAAGAGAGCGGAGAGAGGGGAGAGAGGGGAGAGGGCAGUGUCGGAGUGGGAGAUGAGGAGGACUUAGCGCAUGUGGGCAGUGCCUCACAGGCUCACGGAGGCACCCCUGCUGCAUCUGCGAUGGACAGGGAGCAAGGAGAGGGGGAAGGGGAGCAGGGAGAAGGAGGGAGGGAGCAGGAGGAGGAGGAGGAGGAGGAGGAGUUGGUGGGAGGGGAACUAGGGCAUGUGCUUAGGGGGGAUGCUGCAGGCGCGGUUGCUGCAGCAGAUGCCACGGCUGCUGCUUCUUCUCCUGCUGCUGCUGCUGCUGCUGCUGCUGGUACGGUUGCCGAAGGGGUGGCUAUGGAGGGAACUGAAGCUGCUUGGAUGGCGGAGGAGAAUUCAGAAGAAGGAUCGAUGGAGAGGUGGGGGUUUGAGUCUGAUUUUGGCAUGGAGUAUGAUUCUCACGAGGACGCCCCUAGAGGAGGUGGGAGUGGAAAGGGUGGCGAUGGUGGGGCUGAAGGUGUUGGUGAUGGUGGGGAUGACGAAGAUGUUGAUGGUGGUGGUGCAGCCGGUGGGGACGCGGUAGCAGAGCAAGGGACGAGUGGAGAGGGUGGGGGCGAGGAGUGGCGGCUCGCGUUUGACUUGAAUGAGGAGCAGCCGGGGGAAGGAUGGGCGGAUGGAGAGGGCGAUGGCGCUGCUGGUGCUGAUCACUGUGCUGCUGCUGACGAGCGUCAGGGUGAAGUCGGCUGUGUUUCUGCUGCUGUCGGUGUUGGCGCUGGUGCGGGUGAUUACUGUGGUCCUGCUGCUGCCAAGCGUGAGGGUGAAAUCGGCUGUUCUUCUGCCGUUGUUGCUGUUGGCGCUGGUACUGGUCAUUGGGUUGCUUCCGAACCUCAGGAUGAGAACGGUUAUGGUUCCGCUGCUGACUAUAACGCUUAUGGUGUUGCUGCCCCUGCUGUUGCUGUUGCUGUUGCUGCAACUGCAGACGGGGUGCGUGACAAGCACGGUGGGGCAAGUGCGUGUGUUGCCGUAGCCAGUGGCAGCAAGGGGAGGCCAGGCGCGCACCUGCUGCUGCUAGACAUGAAUGCAGAGGCAGAGGAGGCAGACAUGUGGCUUGGCGCAGAGGAGGCAGAGGAGGCAGCAGACAUGGGCUUGGAUCUGGGGCUGGGAGGAACGUGCGGGGCACAGCAGAGUCAACAGAGUCAACAGAGUCAACGGAGUGAAGGCGGUCUGGGUGGAGGAGAAGGCGGUGGGAGGGAGCAGGUGGGAGGAGGCAUGGUUGGGUUGUCGCUGGGUCUUGAGUUGACCGCUCCAGAGACAGAAAAGUGGUUUGAGAAGGGGAGGAUAGAGGUGGAGAAGCAGGAGAGGGUUUCAGGACCCCAGUCGCCAGCUCCCCACUCGUCAGAGCACCAGUCUUCAGGGCCUGAUGCGUUGCUGAUGGAUCCUCCAGUGCCAGGAGCACGCUCUCGUGUGGUGAACUGGUUGACACAGCACCAACAUCGGUGGCGAAGGCAGCAGGAGGAACAGCAAGUGAAGGAGGAGCAGGAGCAAGAAGGAAAGGAGCAGGAGCAGGAGCAAGAAGGAAAGGAGCAGGAGCAGGAGCAAGAAGGAAAGGAGCAGGAGCAGGAGCAAGAAGGAAAGGAGCAGGAGCAGGAGCAAGAAGGAAAGGAGCAGGAGCAGGAGGAACGGGAGCAGGAGCACCAGGGCAGGCACGUACGUGAGUUUGUUCCUGGAUCGGCUCUUUCUUGCCGGCCACGGCCAGCAGAGGAACCAGCAAUCGAAGCAGUAGUUGUCGAAGCAACGGCGACAGCAGCAGACACGGCAGUAGUCCUAGCAGCAAGAGCAGGAGGAGGAGGGGCGUCAGAAGCGACCAGCACUGCUCGCUGUCACUCUUGCUCUCAUGUGCUCUCUCUCCGGCGCUUCCUCUCACUGUGUCACACGCAGCAGCAGCAGCACCAGCAGCGCGAGUGCGAACCUGUCACAACCACUGCCAGCGAGUGUCCUGCAAUACCACCAGCUGUGCCAAUCCAGCAGCAAGCAGUGUCUGUUUUCUGUGAGAUAGCUCGGUUGGUGGCGACAGCCCAUGCGAGCGGCGAGGCGCUAGGAGGAGAUCAGCUGGUGCCAUCUAGGGUUCGAGUCACGCUGGGCCCCCAGCACUGGCUGCUGCCCGCCUGCUGUGCUCCCACCGCUGCUGCUGGCUGCAGCAAGGAGGUGAAGCGUGAGAGGGAGGGAGAGGGUGUGAUGGUGGAGGUGGAGGAGGAGGAGGAGAGGGGGUAUUACGCAGCGCCAGAAGGUGGCUCAGGGAGUGGGAAGGCAGAAGGUGCUGGGGAUGCAGAGAGGGAGAGGGAGAGGGAGAGGGAGAUGACAGCGGAUGUGUACCGGCUGGGGUUGUUGUUCUUUGAGGUGAGCCAGACCACCCUGAACUCCUUUCUACCGCUGUUUGCCCCUCUGUCUGUCGCUUUUCUUAUGAUCCGUCCAUUCCUUCCUUAUCCAUGCCAUUGUGGAAUUCCGUGUCUCUCUGAAUCUGUUCUGAUUAUGCACUCCCAACGUUUCCUACCUCCGCCGCCGCAGCUGACGUGUCACAUGAGCGACCAUUCGGAGCGCAGCAGUGCGAUGGAGGACGUGAGGAGCCGGGUGCUGCCCACGGGAUACCUCAUGGCCUUCCCCACCGGUGCUGCCUUCUGCCUCUGCCUGCUGCACCCCGUGCCCUCCAGACGCCCGCCCAUGAGGGACGUCCUCUCAAACAGCCUCUUUCUCCGCCUCGCUGCAGAAGCUUCUCCCGCAGCUUCCUCCCUACAGUGCGAGCUGUCCGUGUCGUUUUCACCCCUGCGAGCAUUGGAAGCACAAGGGGACGCGGAGGGGCAGGAGGGGCAGGACGAGCAGGACGAGCAUGAGGGGCAGGACGAGCAGGACGAGCAUGAGGGGCAGGAGGGGAAGGAGAGGCAGGAGGAGGAGCAGGAGGAGGAGCAGGAAAGGCAGGAGGAGCAGGAGAGGGAGCAGGAAAGGCAGGAGGAGCAGGAGAGGGAGCAGGAAAGGCAGGAGGAGCAGGAGAGGGAGCAGGAAAGGCAGGAGGGAGAGGAGACAGAGGAGGAAGAGGAGGGGCCGUGGCAGCGCAGGCCAGGCAAGGAGCCGAUGGUUGAAGUGAGUGAUGGGGACGAUGAUGGUCUUCAUUGGAUGAAGGAUGACGGUGAAGUGGGUGAUGAGGACGAGGAGUUGGAUGGUGGGGGGCGUGGUGGAAUGGGAGAGGAGGAGGAGGAAGAUAAGAGAGAAGAGGUGGAGGCGGAGGAAGAUAAGAGAGAAGAGGAGGAGGCGGAGGAAGAUAAGAGAGAAGAGGUGGAGGCGGAGGAAGAUAAGAGAGAAGAGGUGGAGGCGGAGGAAGAUAAGAGAAAAGAGGAGGAGGCGGAGGAAGAUAAGAGAGAAGAGGAGGAGGCGGAGGAAGAUAAGAGAGAAGAGGAGGAGGAGCGAGAGAAUGGGCGGGCUGGGAGGGAGGGAGGAAAGGAGGGCGCUGCUGCUCGUUGCGGUUUGGUUGGGGAAUGGAGUCGAGGCUAUGCGUUUACUGGUAAUCUUGAGUUUAGUAGAAAGCGAGAAAGGGUGCAGGAGAUGGAAGAGAGGGAGGAAGAGGCUGGUGGUGGUGGGGAAGACGAUGGGGAAGGUAGGCGUGGCAGAGAGGGAGAGGAGGAAGAGGAGGAAGAGGAGGACAAGGAGGAAGAGGAGGGAGGAGAGGAGGCAGUGGGGAUGCGAGGGAGCAAGAGAGUUCGGUGUGAGGAGCAGACAGAUGUGAGGCUGUCACAGGAGGAGCCUCUACGUGGUCAUCCUGCUUCAAUGCUGCAGGAGGAGCCUCUGGUGGAGUCACCUCAAGCGCUGACACAGGAGGAGGAGCUGAGUCCUGAAGCGCCUGAAACGCUCACAGAGGCGGAGUUCACGCCUGAAACGCUCACAGAGGCAGAGGUCACUCCUGAAACGCUCACAGAGGCAGAGGUCACUCCUGAAACGCUCACAGAGGCGGAGUUGGCAGAGAGGGAGGAGGAGAACGAGGUGCUCCUGGAUUUUCUCCUGAGGGUGCAGCAGGGGAAGGCUGAGACCUCCCAGCAAGUGGCUGCCAACCUGGAUGGGCUCUCUGCUGACGUGGCAGAGGUUGCUGAGAGGAGGCAGCUGCUGUUGGCGCUCUCUCAGCCUAUGAAUGCGCGCCACGUCACCAACGCUGCUGCGGCCAGAGGAGCAGAAGCGGAUGGUGCAGCAAAAGAGGCCGAUGGGUCAGGUGCAAGGGUAGGGGCGAGGGGGGAAAGCGGGAGCGGUGGUGCGAGUGGUUGGAGGCACGGCCAAAGGCAGCGGAUUGAGGAGAGUGCAGGGGGGAUGCGUGAGGGUGUAAGACCGGGAGGAGCGACACAGGCAGGGGGGGAAUCAGAGUCACAGGGCAUGAGGGAAAGAGGAGAGGAGUGCACCCGGCUUUGUCUUGGAGCAGGUCAAGGCAGGGGAGGAGGGGCAAGAGCUGAGGGAGAAAAGGGAGGCGAGGAAGGGUGUGGAGGCGAGGGGGGAAGGUGCAGAAGCCGUCAGGCUAAAACGUCCUGCUAUAGCGCCAGCUCGAGGGAGAGGGAGGGGGGGAGUGAGGGGGCGAGGGAGAGGGAAGAGGAGCGGAGGAGGCGGGUGGUGUAUGAGAGGAGGCUGGGGGGGCGUUUGAACCGCAUGCUGCAGCGCUUUGAUCGGCUGGAAGAAGCUUACCUUGCCGUCCGUGCCCGCACAGGUGCCGUUUCUUAUUGGGCUGCGCGGGGAAGGGCAGCGUUGGGGGCAGGCGGAGGGGCAGGUGUGAGUGCAGGUGGAGUGGCAGGUGGUGGGGCUGAAGAGGGGGGAGCUGCAGGGAGGGAUGGGGAUGAGACGGAGGAGGGGCACAUGCAAGAGGUGUGGGGGCGGCUGGGCUGUGUGCUUCAAACGGUGAGGACGCUGGGACAAGACGUGACUGUAAAGAAGGGUGUAGUGUCUGGUGCUGUUGCUGGUGGGGAUAGUGGAAGUGGCAGUGCAAGGGAUGGUGCCGUGGGUGGGGAUGGUGUAGCGGGGAAGGUAGCAGGAGGUGCUGCCCUUGCUUCGCCUACACCCACUCCCACAGUGGCAGGAGCAGGUGCAGUGGUAGCUGGUGGGGUUGCUCGUUUGGACGCGAGUCUACGGGUAUCAUCUGCACACGGCGCUGCUGCUGCUUCUGGUGAUGAUGGUGGUGGUGGUGGCACUGGUGCUCCUGUGCCGGGUCCUGCCCCUGCGUCUCAUUCCGAGCGGAAGCGCCACGCCAGCAGCAUGGGAGGGGACGAUGACAGAGAGGAGAAGCGGAGCAGCAAGCGGAGAGCGCUGCACGCGUAUGGCAGCACCACCAGCGCCAGCAGCAGGGAGAUGGUGGAACCGGUACUGAGCAGUGGAGCGAGGCAGGAGGGUGUUGGAGGCACAGGUGUGGGGCAUGAGGGGAUGAGAAGGGGAGGACCUGCGGAGACCGGACGGUGGCAUGGAGGGAAGCAGGGUGAGAGGAGCAGAACUUCUUUUGAGACUUCUCCGAAGCAGAGCGAGAGGAGAAGAACGCCCCCUGUGUGGGAACGUGCGGCAGCGGCAGCAGCGGCGCAGCAGCACAGCUGGCAGCAGCAGAGCUCGUCCGGUGGUGGGGGCAGCUGGGCCGGCGCUGCUGCUGGUGCCGCUGGUGGUGCUGGUGGUGCUGGUGGUGCUGGUGUGGUGGAUAGCAUGUUGAAUGUGCCGACCACGACACGGGGCACGCAUGGUACUCUUUUCUCUGUGGAUACGGAGGGGCGGGUGGGAGGAGGAGGUCGGUUUGAUGGUCGGGGUGAAGUGCUGGGAGCGGCAGAGCGUGUGAGGCACGGGAUUUCUGAGCCUUCUCACCCCGUCCCUGCUGCUACGCUAGCUGAAGCUGAUUCUGAGCCUGUGCUUGCUGCAAGGUUCGGCAAGCUGCAGGUUCGGGCGGUGCUGCGCCGAGGCGACCUGCUUGGCUCGGCAAACAUGGUGUGUUCGGUGGCUUUCGACCGGGACGGGGAGUUCUUUGCUUCGGCGGGCGUGUGCAAGCGCAUCAAGGUGUUUGACUGUAACGCCGUGCUGCGCGCUGCUGCUGAGAGAGGGGCACGGGUGAAGGAGGUGAGGGAUGGGAUGGAGGUGGACGAGGAGGAGGGGGGUCGGGAGGGAGGAGAAGCAGGUGGACCGGGGAUAGGGGAGGGGUUUGGAAGGGGGAGAGGCGGAGGAGUGCGGGGAGGGGAAGGGGGGCAGGCGAGGCAAGAGGAGGGGCAUGAGGAGGAGCUGUUGCAGUACCCGGUGGCAGAGAUGGCGGGUGACUCGAAGCUGAGCUGUGUGAGCUGGAACCCCUUUGUCAAGAGCCUUGUUGCCUCCUCCAACUAUGAUGGCGCCGUGCAGGUGUGGGACGUGUGUGCGGGCGAGGCUAUAGUGGAGUACAGGGAGCAUGAGAGGCGCGUGUGGAGUGUGCACUGUGCGCCCACCGACCCCACCAAGCUCGCCAGUGGCAGCGACGACGGCUGCGUGCGCAUCUGGAGCCUGCAGCAGGACUCCAGCGUGACAACCAUCCGCACGCGGGCCAAUGUGUGUGCGGUGCACUUCUCCCCCGCCUCAUCGCACAUCCUCGCGCUCGGCUCGGCCGACUUCAAGCUCGCCCUCUACGACCUCCGCAAGCCGCGCUCGCCCCUCGCCACGCUCCCCGGCCACUCCCGCGCCGUCUCCUACGUCGCCUUUGCCGACCCGCUCACGCUUGUCUCAGCUUCCACGGAUAACACGCUGCGCGUGUGGGACUUGAGGGACGUGCUGGGGAGUGCUGGGGAUGGCGUUGGUGGUGCGGUGAUGGGGCAGCAGCAGCAGAGGGGCAUGGCGCCGUGUGUGCUGACUCUCUCGGGCCAUGUGAAUGAGAAGAACUUUGUGGGGCUGUCUGUGUCCGAAUCGGGGUACAUUGCAUGCGGCUCCGAGAACAACUCGGCAUAUGUAUACCAUAGGAGUGUGCCGGCCCCCAUCACAUGCCACCACUUCGGUGCUGUGGAUGCAGUGACAGGGCGGGCAGGGGGGGAGGACGCAGGGCACUUUGUGAGCAGCGUGUGCUGGCGCAAGGGCACUCACUCCCUUGUGGCGGCGAAUUCUAUGGGCGAUGUGAAGGUGCUCGAGAUGAUGGAGUGA